CGGCUGCCAUCACGCCAUGCGCUGUCAUUCUUUGCCAGUCAAGAGCUCUCUAUGUACCGUACCGUACCAACAUGACCGGUCCUCCUUGCUUUCCCAUUCACCCUUACUUCUUGCUUCCUUGAUCGGCCUUCGGUGCUUUAGUCGCCGAUGCGCCCGACUUGGACCCUCCCCCAUUACGAUCUCGUAGAGUUUCCAUCCACAUCCGGGCUCACUGUUCAGAGCAUCAAGGAUAUAUAAAAUUUGAUAACCCUCCCCCUCACCCCUCACCCCCAUCAUCACUAACACCACAGCCAUCCCCGCCUGUCCUCUCACUUAACACUCACACGCACACUCACAUCCCCAUACCCAACGAGAAACCCACCCACCCCACACCAAACACAAUGGCCCCGUCAACCGCCGCCGCAAGCGCAAGCGCAAGCCUGGCCCCCAUCAAGGUCUGGGGCAAAGGCGGGCCCAACCCGCCGCGGGUGGCCAUCCUCCUGGCGGAACUCGGCCUGCCGCACGAGAUCAUCGCGCUGCCCCUGACGCAAGUCAAAGACCCGGCCUACGUGGCCAUCAACCCGAACGGCCGGCUGCCGACGAUCCAGGACCCGAACAACGACGACCUGAUUGUCUGGGAAUCCGGCGCGAUCGUCGAGUACCUCAUCGCCCGGUACGACCCCGGCCACCGGCUUAGCUUCGCGCCCGGCACGCCCGAGGCGGCGCACGCCACGCAGUGGCUCUUCUUCCAGGCCUCGGGCCAAGGGCCGUACUACGGACAGGCCGCGUGGUUCAAGAAGUUCCAUCCCGAGCGGCUGCCGAGCGCGCUGCAGCGGUACGUCCAGGAGAUCAAUCGCGUGACCGCGGUGGUGGAGGGCCAGCUGCAGCGGGAGAAGGAGAAGCAGCCUGCCGCCGGCGGGGAUGGCCCGUGGCUCGUGGGCGGCCGGUGCUCGUUCGCCGACUUGGCCUGGGUCUCGUGGCAGGUGAUUGUGGCGAUGGUGAUCAAGCCCGAGGAUGGCUAUACGGUCGAGGAUUAUCCGCUGGUCAAGGAGUGGUUGGGCCGGUUGAUGGCCCGGCCCGGGGUGAAGAAGGGCAUGGAGGGUCUUUAUCCGGAUGCUUAGAGAGAUCGUGUAGUGAUGGAAGAAGAUUUCAUGUUUAAUUCUGGAUCCUCGCAGCUCUAUUUACAUCUAU